AUGAAUGAAAAAAAGUUGGAAACAACUCCACAGCAGCGGAAACUUCCUGAAUGGAUGUCUGUGCAGAAUGAGACCUGUCCUGCAGUAGAAGAAAAGGCAUCUAUUCAGAAGAGUGUUUUCGAAGAUGACCUCCCUUUCUUAGAAUUCACUGGAUCCAUUGUUUAUAGUUUUGAAGCUAGUGAUUGUUCUUUUCUGUCGGAAGAUAUUAGCACCAAUCUAUCUACUGGAGGUGUGGUAGGAUUUGACAUGGAAUGGCCACCAAUAUAUAAUAAAGGGAAAUUGAGCAGAGUUGCACUGAUUCAGUUAUGUGUGUCAGAGAGCAAAUGUUACUUGUUUCAUAUUUCUUCUAUGUCAGUUUUUCCUCAGGGAUUAAAAAUGUUGCUUGAAAAUGAAGCAAUUAAAAAAGCAGGUGUAGGAAUCAAAGGAGAUCGGCAGAAACUUCUGUGUGACUUUGAUAUCGAUUUGAAGAAUUUUGUGGAGCUGACAGAUGUUGCCAAUGAAAAGCUGAAAUGUACAGAGAUCUGGAGCCUCACUGGUUUGGUUAAACAUCUCUUUGGCAAACGGCUUCUGAAAGACAGAUCUAUCCGCUGUAGCAAUUGGAGUGAUUUUCCUCUCACUGAGGAUCAGAAACUAUAUGCAGCCACUGAUGCGUAUGCCAGUCUCAUCAUUUAUCAAAAAUUAGAGAUUUUAGGUGGUGCUGUGCAAAGGUUUGCUAUAAAUAAAAAAGAGGAGGAAAUGCUACCUAGUGAUGUGAAGAAACAAUUGACUUCAAUCUCUGAGGAUAUGAUGGAUCUGGCUAAGCGUCUUCCUGACACUUUGAAAAAAUUGGAAAAUCCACAGAGGAUUUCUAUACUAUUAAGUGAUAUUUCAGAAAAUCUGUAUUCAUUGAAGAAGAUGAUACCUGGUUCUACCGAGACCAUUCAGUUUUUACCAUUGGAAGAUCCAACUGCUGAUGGAGUACAACAGAAACAAAUUAGAGGACAUAAAAUUUUUACUAAAGUUAAAGAUGAGACAUGGGACACAACACUUGAUAAUUUAAUAAAACACGAUGAAGGAAAUGUACUUCAAAAUGAAGUGAAACAAGAAGAAGAUGGACUUGAAGCUGGAUUAGAAGAAGGCAAUAAGUUGAAAGAGAACACAGAAAGAAUUUGUUUGAUGUCGUUAGAUAUUACAGAACAUGAGCUCCAGAUUUUGGAACAGCAGGCUCAGGAAAAAUUUCUUAAUGAUGCUACUUGCAAAUCUCCUGAGCAUUUAUCUUCCAAGGAUAAUGAAGAGGAUCUAUCUUAUGUAAUUGAGAGUGAUGAAGAUUUAGAAAUGGAGAUGAUUAAGUUUCUUAGUCCUUUUGAUACUCAGAAUAAUAGUUCUUUUGUGUUUGGUGAAAAAGAUACGACACUGUCAAUGGUUUUGCUUUUAAGAUUUCUUUCAAACUUUCAGUCUUUAGAAAAUCUAAAUACUGGCACGGCAGAUCCUGUUCAUCCAAAAUGUGUAAAAAUGGGAAGAAAUCUGGAUGUUCCUUUUGAAGAUGAUGAAGAUGAGAUUGAAGCUAUUGAAGAAGAAGAUGAUGCAGACCAUUCAUUACCAGGACCUAAUGCAAGCCAAAUUAAUUCCCUCAAGAUCUAUUUUGGCCAUUCCAGUUUUAAGCCGGUUCAGUGGAAGGUGAUUCAUUCUGUUUUGGAAGAAAGAAGAGAUAAUGUUGUUGUGAUGGCAACUGGAUAUGGAAAGAGUUUGUGCUUCCAGUACCCACCUGUGUAUUCAGGCAGGAUUGGCCUUGUCAUCUCUCCUCUUAUUUCUUUGAUGGAAGACCAAGUGCUCUGGCUUAGAAUGUCCAACAUUCCAGCUUGUUUUCUGGGAUCAGCACAACCAAAAAAUGUUCUAGAAGAUAUUAAAUCAGGCAAAUACCGGAUUGUAUACAUAACUCCAGAAUUCUGUUCGGGUAACUUGAGCCUACUCCAGCAACUUCAGGCCAAUAUUGGUAUCACACUUAUUGCUGUGGAUGAGGCUCACUGUAUUUCUGAAUGGGGACAUGAUUUUAGAAUUUCAUUCCGGACUUUGGGCUCCCUAAAGGCAUUACUCCCAUCGGUUCCAAUUGUUGCACUCACUGCUACUGCAAGUUCUUCAAUCCGGGAAGACAUUGUACGCUGCUUAAACCUGAAGAAUCCUCAGAUUACCUGUACUGGUUUUGAUCGACCAAACUUGUAUUUAGAAGUUGGGCGAAAAACAGGAAACAUUCAUCAGGAUCUUGUCCAAUUUCUUGUCCAAAAGACAAGUUCCACCUGGGAAUUUGAAGGUCCAACUAUCAUCUAUUGUCCUUCCAGAAAAAUGACAGAACAAGUUACAGCUGAACUUGAGAAACUGAAGUUAGCUUGUGGAACAUACCAUGCAGGCUUGGAUGUUAAAUCACGGAGAGAGGUUCAUCAUAGUUUCAUGAGAGACGAAAUUCAGUGUGUCGUGGCUACCAUAGCUUUUGGAAUGGGCAUUAAUAAAGCUGACAUUCGCAAAGUCAUUCAUUAUGGUGCUCCUAAGGAAAUGGAAUCAUAUUACCAGGAGAUUGGGAGAGCUGGCCGUGAUGGACUUCAGAGUUCUUGUCAUAUACUCUGGGCUCCAGCAGACAUUAACAUAAAUAGGCACCGCCUCAGUGAGAUUCCCAAUGAAAAGUUUCGAUUAUACAAAUUACAGAUGAUGGGAAAGAUGGAAAAAUAUCUUCAUUCCAGAAGGUGUAGGCGAAAACUCAUCUUGUCUCAUUUUGAAGACAAACAACUACGAAAGGCCUCCAUGGGUAUUAUGGGAACUGAAAAAUGCUGUGAUAAUUGCAGGUCCAGAUUGGAUACUUGCUCUUCCACUGAUGACUCAGAUGAUACAUCACAGGACUUUGGUCCACAAGCCUUCCAGCUAUUAUCUGCUGUGAAAAUCUUGGGAGAAAGGUUUGGAAUUGGGCUUCCGAUUUUAUUUCUCCAAGGAUCUAAUUCCCAGCGACUUCCUGAUCAGUAUCGCAGACACAGUUUAUUUGGCAGUGGCAAGGAUCAAACGGAGCGUUGGUGGAAAGCUUUGUCCCACCAGCUCAUGGCUGAGGGAUUCUUGGUAGAAGUUCCUGGGAAACGCAAAUUUAUAAGGAUUUGCACUCUUACAGAAAAGGGCAGAUGUUGGCUCCAUGAAGCUGGUACAGACUUUCCUAAGAAACUUGUCCUUCAAACUAAUGAAGAAUUGUGUCCGAGGGUGUUUCUUCUACCAAGUUCUAAAACUGUACCACCUGGCAUUGAACAGCGUUCCUCUAAUCAAGUACCAACUGAAUUAACCACGGAGAAGAAGCCUAACUUGGAGAAGAUGUAUUUUCAUAAAGGAUCUGAUAAAAUUUCUUCUGGGAGAAACAUUCCUAAAAAAAGCAUCAUGGUGCAUUCACCAGGAAAAUCUUGUAAGUCCUCAGAACCUGUUAUUUCAGCUCAAGAGCAGGAGACUCAGACUGUGUUAUAUGGCAAAUUGGUUGAAGCCAGGCAGAAACAUGCCAAUGGAAUGGAUGUCCCGCCAGCUGUUCUGGCAACAAAUAAAAUACUGUUGGAUAUGGCCAGAAUGAGACCUACUACAUUUGAAAAUGUGAAAAGGAUCGAUGGUGUGUCUGAAGGCAAAGCUAAUAUGUUGACCCCUCUGUUGGAAGUUAUUGAACAUUUCUGUCAAAUAAAUAGCAUUCAGACAGACCUCUUUUCAAGGACAACACUUCAGGAAGAACAAAGGAAGAGUGUGGUGGCAAAAAAUGAAGUAUGCUCCCUUUCACAGUCUGUGGCCAUCACAUAUUAUUUAUUCCAAGAAAAGAAGAUGUCUUUGAUAAGUAUAGCCGAGGACAGGAUUAUGCCUCUCACAGCAGUUGGGAUGCACUUAACCCAAGCGGUGAAAGCUGGCUGCCCGCUUGAUAUGGAACAAGCAGGCCUGACUCCAGAGGUUCAGAAGAUUAUUGUUGAUGUUAUCCGAAACCCUCCCAUCAACUCAGAUAUAAAUAAAAUUAAACUAAUUAGAAAGCUGGUUCCUGAAAACAUUGACACCUACCUUAUCCACAUGGUGAUUGAGAUCCUGGAAAAAGACUGUGACAACAGACUCUUAGACCAGCUUUCAUGUGCUUCCAACAAAAAGAGAUAUUUCCCCAACUCUGAAGAGAGCUGUUCAAGUUCUAAGAGAAGCAGGGAAGAAGUAGGUGCUAAUACCAAGCCUCCGUCUGUAACCUCAAAGAGAAAAUUACCUGAGUGGUUUGCCAAAGACAAUGAGACUUUAGCUGACACCAGCAAGAAAUCAAUGGCCAAACCAAAAAAGAAAGGUCUUUUUAGUUAACCUGGCAAUUGCCAGAGGAAUUGUGUGUGUCUUGCUCUAUUAUAAGAGGGGAGCUGUGUUUCCUUUUGAAAAUAGUGGCAACCGAUACUUCAGUUUACAAAGUGUUCUAAUCUCAAAAGUAAAACUAACCCAUUUGUUCAACAGCUGUAAAACAGCCUUGUGCAGUUUAUUAAAGUUGAGUCUUCUGAGAGCCUGCG